CACUAAACUCUAGCCAAAACAAUUGAUUCCCAAAUUCAUCUCUCUCAACAUGAUCGGAACCCUAACAACCUCAACCGGCGGCAUCUUCUUCCGACCACCACCAAUCUCAACCGGAUCCACAUCAAAAACUUACUCACUCAAAGCCGCAUUUCAUGACGUACUCGACGCGAAUCCGGCGGUCAGUUUGUACGAAGUGUUGCGAGUCGAGAGAACUGCUACACCGACGGAGAUUAAGACGGCGUAUCGGAGUUUAGCGAAGAUUUAUCAUCCGGAUGCUUCGGAUUUCAAGCAGCAAGGUAACGGUGAGCGUGAUUUUAUUGAAAUUCAUAAUGCGUACGCGACGUUGUCGGAUCCGGCGAGUCGAGCGAGUUAUGAUUUGAGGUGGAGUGGCGGAGUUAGGCGGAAGUUAGGGUUGUAUACGGUGGUUGGACGGAGGCAAGGGUUUUUUACCUGCCGGAGAUGGGAGACUGACCAGUGUUGGUAGGUUAAUUAAAUAUUCAUGUAGAAAUUGUAAGGAAGAUAAAUAACAAUAAUAACAAUAAUAAAUGAAUUAACAAAUAAAUGGUUCAUGUA